GAGAGAGGACAGAGCAGAGGAGAGGAAGGUGUUGCUCUCCUAUUGCAGCAUUCUCUCACAUUGACAAGGUGUGUGCUCUAUUCCAUCUCAAUCUCUGUCUCUCUAUCUCUCUCUCUCUCUCUCUCUCUCUCUCUCUUACACACACACACAGCCUUGGUGCUGCAGAGACACAGAGGCAUGCAGUGAGGUCCAGUAGCAUCAUACAGACGGAACCCACGAUAUCAGCGCAGCAGCGAUAUCAUCGGUCAGCAGUGACGAUCAUAACAACCUGGACCAGGGAGGACAGCAUCACAGGCAUCACACUGGGGACCGCAGAGUGUGCGGGCCAGCCAGAGGCCAUGCGGCUGGUCCAUAAUGGAGAGAAACAAUCUUUCUCCUUUAAGAAGUGCUCUGCCUUCCAGUUUGUCAAGAGAAAGGUUCGCAGAUGGAUGCGGAAUCCAAAGGUGAACGUGGAGAAGGUCCAGACUAAAGGUUACCUGUCACCAUGUCCAAAAUGUCAAGAAGGGCAGAAUCUGUGGUACACACACUUCCCUGCACCGUAUGGCUACUGUCACUACAGUCCUGGAGGAUACUAUCUCCCUCACCCCCCCAGCCCUCUCUGUCAGCCCUGUGCCCCAUGCACGCCCUGCCAGUCAGACAAGAACAAGACAUGCAAGGCAAGAAAAUGGAAAAUGCUCAGUCGUCAUCAUGGUGAUAAUAAUGUGAAGGAGGCAGAGACAGAGACCCAUGUGAUCUGCCCCUGGACAAUGUCACCAAUGCUGGGAAGUCCUGUACUGCUGGAAUGUUGCAUCUGCAAUGGACCCUUCAUCACGUAUGGGAAUGAGGAGGCAUGGCAACCCCGUCAACGCACACAGGCAAUGGACCUCUACUACCAUGGAGAUCUUGAGUCAGAUUAUUCCUGUCCAUCUGACACCACGUUUAUGAAACAGAGGAAGAUGGGGCUGAAUGACUUUAUCCAGAAGCUUUCCACAAACAAUUAUGCAUGCAAACAUUCUGAGGUUCAGUCCAUCUUGAACUUGACCCCUCCACAAGAUGCUGAGCUGAUGAACAGCAACCCUUCCCCACCGCCUAGCCCUUCUCAACAGAUCAACCUUGGUCCCUCUUCAAACCCCACUGCCAAACCCUCAGACUUCGACUUUCUCAAAGUCAUUGGAAAAGGCAGCUUUGGCAAAGUUCUGCUGGCCCGACACCGUAAUGAUGAGCAGUCCUAUGCAGUCAAGGUGUUGCAGAAGAAAGCCAUCUUGAAGAAGAAAGAGGAGAAACACAUUAUGUCAGAGCGAAACGUGUUACUGAAGAAUGUCAAGCAUCCAUUCCUGGUGGGCCUGCAUUAUUCCUUUCAGACUGCUGAUAAACUCUACUUUGUACUGGACUACAUUAAUGGCGGCGAGCUGUUCUAUCACUUGCAAAGGGAGCGAUGUUUUCUGGAGCCACGUGCACGGUUUUAUGCUGCUGAGAUUGCAAGCGCCUUGGGGUACCUACACUCUUUGAACAUUGUGUACAGAGAUCUGAAGCCUGAGAACAUUCUUCUGGACUCACAAGGACACAUCAUCCUGACCGACUUCGGCCUCUGCAAAGAGAACAUAGAACCCAACGGAACAACAUCGACAUUCUGUGGAACGCCAGAGUAUUUAGCACCAGAGGUCUUGCAUAAACAGCCAUAUGACAGAACGGUGGACUGGUGGUGUUUGGGUGCAGUGCUGUAUGAAAUGUUAUAUGGCCUGCCUCCAUUCUACAGUCGUAACACAGCAGAAAUGUACGAUAACAUCCUGAACAAGCCACUGCAACUCAAACCCAACAUCUCCAAUGCUGCCAGACACCUGCUGGAGGGUCUGCUGCAAAAGGACCGCACUAAGAGACUGGGCUUCACUGAUGACUUUAAUGAGAUAAAAAACCACAUGUUCUUCUCUCCCAUAAACUGGGAUGAUCUGAAUGCCAAGAAGCUAACUCCCCCCUUCAACCCUAAUGUGACGGGACCUAAUGACUUAAGGCACUUUGACCCGGAGUUCACCGACGAGCCAGUGCCAAGUUCAAUCGGCUGUUCCCCAGACAGCGCUCUUGUCACAGCCAGCAUUACUGAUGCAGCCGAGGCUUUCCUAGGCUUCUCUUACGCCCCUGCCAUGGAUUCCUAUCUGUAGCCCAUCAACUCAGAAUUGGCAUCUCAUAGACUCUUACCUGUAGUAGCUCAUUACCAUGGAAACACUGUCCCAUGGAAUCACACCUGUAGUGCAUCACUAUGAGAGAAAACCCGGUCUCAUUUCCCUGCCUCCAGAUGGGGGUAUUUGCACAUGGCGUAACGGCAGCUUAGAAGGCCUUUGUUACAAGAGGCUGGAGUUUUACACAUAAUAAAAGACUUCUCAUCUUCAACGUCCGCAUCCAACUGCACGGAUUCUCCUUCAAUUUCACCCCAGGUUGUGUCCGAUCGAUAGAUGGUGAAAUGGAGAGUGAGAAGAUUAAUGCUGAUGGAUGUUUAUUAUUGUAUAUUUUCCUUUUAGGUUUUCUUCUGUAGGAUUGUUGAUGCUGGAAUGAGACAUUGUUUUGGAUGGUGUGUAUGUGGGACUGGGAGUAUGUAUGUGCCUUCAUCUUGACACCCCUUACCCUUUUACAUAUGUUUGUUUAACCUAAAUGAUGUGAUCUGGCAUGUCAGUCAGUGUCAGAUAUAAAUAUAGUCAUCAUGACGUUAAAACCACGGAAAUAUAUCAGCAUCUGAUGUUUUGUGAUCAGUUACGCUUCUGGGAUCAAGUUGCACAUUUAGUUUGUUAUUAUCUUCCUAAUUUAAAGAGCACUUCCCCUUUUUCUUAGUUUGUUUUUUGUUCUUUUGACUUGAAUGGGAGAUGCUAGAGGGAUCUGCUGCUACUAUGUGUAGAUAGGCACCUGGACCAACGAAUCAGAAGCCUCUAUCUUACCAUAGCCUUCCAGCCUCCAUGGACCGUUUUUUCUGAACAUCACAUUCCACUAAAUAGACUAUUUAAGUUUGUUUGUAUAUAUUAAAUAUAUGUAUUAGUUUUAAUGUAUAUGGAACAAAAACUUAAAUGGAUGCUUGUAUGUAACUAUAAAUGUACUGUAAAAUUGUAAAAUGUUUGAACUAUGUGACCUUGUUUGAUUCGCAAUAAAACAUUAUUGUUAUUUUUCCCCAAACAA